AUGCUUGGUUCCGCGCUUCGUUUUACUCUGCUGCGAGCCUGGAUGGCUGUCCGGCUCAUGGGGCAGGUAGGUGCUACAUCUCCACCUGCAUCCUCCCUGGCCGUGUCCACCAAUCCCACCAACUCCCUUCUGUCAACUUGCAGGAAGCUGCCACAAGAUGCAGACUGGCCCAGCGCGCAAGACUGGGCCCAGCUCAACCAGACGGUGGGAGGGCGCCUGAUUGCCACUGUGCCGGUUGCGCAUGUAUGCCAUGAUCCCGCCUACAAUGCGACUGCCUGUGCUUGGUUCAAGGAGAACUGGCUGACGGUGGAGGCUCAUGUGUACUAUCCGGCCGAAAUUCUGAAUCCCUACUUCCAGGGCCAGUACUGCGAGCCCUUCACCCCUAAGGUCAAGUCUUGCACGCUGGGUAACUAUGCCGUCUACUCAAUCAAUGUCACCGGUGUGUCUGACAUCCAGGCUGGACUCGCCUUUGCCACCCGCCACGAUGUCCGAUUGACCAUCAAGAACACAGGUCAUGAUUUACUGGGGAAGUCCACGGGGCGCGGAGCUCUCUCGCUAUGGACGCACAAUUUGAAAGACCUCGAGUUUGUUGGCAACUACGCGGGCGACAGUCCGUACACGGGAUCGGCGGUGCGCAUCGGGGCAGGCAUAAUGUUCAAAGACGUCCUCCCGGUCGCAGCGGCGCGAGGGAAGCGCGUGGUGAGCGGAACGUGUGGUACCGUUGGGGCAGCCGGGGGCUACACGGCUGGCGGAGGACAUGGCAGCCUGACUUCGUUGUACGGGAUGGCCGCAGACAGCGUGCUGGAAUGGGAGGUGGUGACGGCAGCGGGCGACCAUCUGACCGUCACCCCCAAGCAGCACGCGGAUCUAUACUGGGCACUCAGUGGCGGCGGGGCAGGCACCUUCGCCGUCGUCGUCUCAAUGACUACGCGCACGUACGAUGAUGGGCCCAUGCAGGGCGCCGGCUUCACGGUCUCCAACAGCAACACGACCGCCUUCUGGAACAUCGUCGACCUGUUCCAUUCCAGCCUAGCCCCCGUGGUGGACACUGGGGCCACGUUGACCUACUUCAUCCUUGGUACGGAGCUGAUUGUCUUCGCCGCCGUCAUUCCGGGCAGCGAGCCGGCGCUGGUCACCAGCACGCUGGCCCCGAUUGUGCGCAGCCUGGCCCAGGCGGGGGUCGCCGUAAACAUCAGCUCCUCCGGCUUCUCCUCGUAUUAUGCCCUGUACGAGUCCUACUUCGUGCCCACCGAGGAGUCCACCGCCGUCGGCCAGAUCACGGGUGGUCGCAUCAUCCCCCGAGAGCUGCUCGAGCCCGCCAGCCCGAGUCUCAGCAAGAUCAGUGCCGCGCUGCAAGACUUCACGGAAGCGGGCUUCUACAUUGCCUGUGCUGCUCUCAACGCCAACUCGUCCCGGCAGGCGCCCUUCACCUCCAAUGCCGUCUUCCCCGUCUGGCGCUCUGCACUGCUGACCUGUAUCAUGGUCCAGACGUGGGACUAUUCCAUCCCCUGGGACGAGAACCUUGAGCGCCAGGCCAACCUGACGAACAUCUACAUGCCGCAACUCGAGGCCGUCACCCCGGGUGGGGGGGCUUACCUGAAUGAGGCCAACUUCCAGGACCCAAACUGGCAGGAGACCUUCUACGGGGACAACUACCCGCACCUGGGGGUGGUUAAGCAGCGCUACGACCCGAACGAGCUGUUCUACGCCCGUACCGCGGUGGGUAGCGAGAAAUGGAAGGAGAAUGGGGAGGGGAGGUUGUGUCGGGUGUGA